GAUACGGUAUGUCUCCGGUGUAUCCCGUGAUGGAUACGGUGUGUCCGAUGUGUUCCGUGAUGGGUACGGUGUGUUUCCGGUGUGUUCCGUGAUGGAUACGGUGUGUUUCCGGUGCACGGAAAAGUUUUGUAAUUGGCCGGUUCCUGGUACGGUGACUUUCCGGCCGGAAUACUGCCCCCCUUUCCAGUAUUUUUCCGGUCGGUUCCGGUAGGAAUGGCACCGGAACCGGCGGGAAUUAGCCGGAAAAUGCGCCGGUUCCUGCAGGUUCCGGUGGGAUCCGUUGACUGGAAUCAUCGACCUGGGGUGUAGAAAAAAAUCAAGAAAACAAAAACAGAACCCUACAAAAGAUAUCGUUUAACUCCACACCACCCACUUUUUGCUGAUAUUACAGUAGUACAUGAUGCAGCCGGUCCAAUUAUAUAUCCAGAUUUGCCUCAAAAUUGUGGCGAUUUACAGGUUUAUUUGUAUAAAUAUAAUAAAGCUGAUGAUGAAAUGUUUACUCUUGAUAUGCCUGUAAAUGAAAACGAUUGUAAUGAUGAUACUGGGGAUCGUCAUGAUUCUAAUUUAGAUAGUGACUAUGAUAUUGUUACUACUGAAUCAGAUGAUACACUCAAUGAUGAUCAUAUAUCAGGACAAUCAGAUUUUUCCGAUUCUGAUAUUAACUAA